AUGCAAGAUAGAUCAGAUACUUCUUGCUCGUCAAGCCAGAUGAAGUUGCACGUGACCUGGGACGCGAAGGCUGUACUCUACCUGUGCCUGUGCACCGCAGCUUCACUCGAUCUCAGCCUCACGGACGGAUCGAUUUAUCCAGUCACACGGCCCGUGCACGCAUCGCGUCUACAUAAGAUGCUCGCCUCGGUGGCCAACUCGCUCUCGCCGGCUGUGAGAAUGUCGCACCCUUUUAAGCCGCUGGAAGCCAUUCAUCAGCAUCUCUGCGCUUUCCACUACAACAGUGACGAUCGAACAAGACAAGUGGAAGCGCAUCAUUAUUGCUGCGCGUCCGGUCAUGGCGGACUUCAUCAAUGUCUUGUGUACGAUAGCGACGGCCCCGAUGCUCGUCUGAUCGGGAUCGAGUACAUCGUCAGUGCUGAUGUCUACAAGACCCUCGACGAUGAAGAGAAGAAAUAUUGGCACUCGCACAAGUACGAAGUCGAAUCGGGCAUGCUCGUCGUUGCCAGCAAGAAAGAUCAAGAAGGUCCCAUCAAUGCUACCGUCGAGAAGACUGUCAUGGUCGCACUCCACGAGACUUUCGGCAAGACCAUUCAUACGUGGCAGAUCGAUCGCCACCCUCAUCUUCCUCUCGGACCGCCCGUCAUCAUGAUGGCAUUCACAGAAGACGGGCAGGUCGAUCCUGACAAGCUCGCGGCGCGCGACAAGGCACUCGGGAUCUCGACAGAGGACAAGAAGAAAGAGCGAGCGCUCUACUUGCCCAAGACGGAGCAGCCACUCGAUGCGGACCUAGGCGAGCGCACAGGCGAGACCAUCCAGCUUCAGAUCGUGCCAGCCACAUUGAAGAAAUGA